AUGCCUGUGCUAGUGACGGGCGAUACAGGAUCUGAUAUACCACUUCUGGCGGGACACGAGGAUGAGCCGGUGCUAGAGCCUAUCAGGUAUCUUGGGGGUCUUGUAGACGCAUCCCUUUUGACAGGUAUGACGAUCAUGCAGUUAGGCAUAUAUGGAAUGGAGAGGGAUCCAAAGAGGUUCUACAACUACGACCGGAAAAUUGCAGGUCUUGCACAGCCUGACGAGCCGUGGUUCCAGGAUGUACUAGCAGCUUCUGGCCUGAGAGACCUCUGUCAGGUGGGCUACACGAAGAUACAUAAUGGGAUGUUGAUGGCAAUUGCAGAGAGAUGGCGUCUGGAGACUUCCUCAUUUCAUCUUCCUCACGGCGAGAUUACCAUCACCCUAGAUGAUGUGGCAUGCCUCCUGCAUCUACCUAUCAGGGGUACCCUCAUUGGUCACGGUAGGCUAACGAAUGAGGAAGCGAUGGAGAUGCCGAUUGCUGAACUGGGGUGCAAACCAGAUGACGCACUUGAGGAGGCGGAGAGGACCCGCGGGGCGCAAGUGAGGUUUCACACCUGGCUGAGGUUAUAUGACGCUGAGCUUCUUGCGGCACAUCAGGCUGUUGGCGACGAGGUGGAGGCGGAUAUACACAAAGAGCGGGCGCUGAGAUGUUACUUCCUAUAUUUGAUAGACACUCAACUCUUUAUGGACAUGAGUUCGUCGUACACAGACGUCGUCUACCUGAUGUACUUAUCGGAUACAACACAUAUCCAUGAGUACAACUGGGGAGCGACUGUACUGGCGUACGGUUACUAUAGACUGGGAGAGGGAUGCUUGUGGAAGGCUUGGAUACUACAACACUUUCCAGACAUUAUUGGUUGGGGAGAGGUACCGACCUACAUUGAGCUCAUGCCGCGUGCCAGUAGAUUCAACCCCCGCAGAGGGAACCGGGAGCCGUUACCUUACAGGCGCGAACUUGGUCGCAUUGCUGCCGAGGACAUACGUUCUGACUGCUAUGUUGAGCACCGGGAGACGGUUUCCUUCGAUGAGAUAACGCUGUAUUCUGGAUGGUUGGACACCACCUUGACCAUCAUUGUACGACAACUUCUGGAGCGUGUCACGCAUGGUUUAUUCUCUGAGGGGUCUGCGGAGAGGCGUGUGGUGGAUACUAUGAUUAAGUUGGCACAAGAGGUAUUUCUAUACCGUAGAAAUCGUGCCAGGACUGGUAGGGCACUGGACGCUAGAGGCAGAGCUAGGAGCGGUCGUGGUGGACGCGGAGGCGGAGGCCGUGGUGGAGAGCAGCAGGAUGAUGUUCGACACACACAGUAG